CGGUCACAGCAACAGAGCAGGGAACACCUGGAGAAGGUGUAGGUGGGAAUGAUGCUGCCUGUGCGGCGUUUCUAACGGGAUCGAUUCUGCUUCUUUAUUUUUAUCUUUUCAUUUUAUUGUUUAUUAGAAUAAAAAAGUGACCUUUAAGCUCCAGUUUUACUUUGCUGGUUAUAAGCAAAAUAAAAACGUGGACAUGGUGAGCAGUCGCUUUAUUUAUACGUCUGUUAGUACAGUAUGAGUGAUGAUGUCAUCAGAUGAUGUCAUUAACAAUGCUCCCAAAGUCUCCAACAGAACAAACACUGCUGUAAAGUUUUAAUAUGGGAGUCAAUGGGGACUCACUGCUGCCUCCGGUGGUUUUCUGAGAUCACCUGGAUUCAUCAGACUGAGGAUCCUCCAGGUUUAAGUGAACAGGAGCACGUGAUGACUCCACGUCCACUCCACUGUGGACGCUGCCAUUGAACAGGAGGGUCCUAUCAGCAGAGCUGUGCUGGGGUCACACAGGGUCACACAGGUCACACAGGUUCGGUGGACCUGAGAGCAGCAGCAGCUGCAUCUGUGAGAGGAUACAGGUGUGAUUAAUGUUCAGGUCAUCGUCACACAAGCCUCAAUGUGCUGCUUUCACUCGCUCUUCAUCAUUUACGGCACUUUCAGCCUGACACUCACGCUAACGAGAUGCUAACGAAUCGUUCUCUGUCGCAGAUGUUUCUGAUGUGUUUGUGUGUUUGUGCAGCCGUCACUGUCGGACUCAGAGGACCUGGAGGAGAUGGAGCGGCUCAGGAAGGAGCACAUCGAGGCUCUGAGGGAGAUCAAGAGGCUGCAGGAGCAGCUGGUCGAGUCUCAGAGAGUCCACCAUCAGAUGGAGGAGGAGCUCAGCAAGGUCAAACAGGAAGUGAAACACAGCGCGGAGGAGAGCCGAGCUCUGAGGACUCGAAUCCAGCUGGCUGAGGCAGCCCAGAAGCAGGCCAGAGGGAUGGAGAUGGACUACGAGGAGGUGAUCCACCUGCUGGAGGCUGAGAUCGCAGAGCUGAAGACUCAGAGGAUGGAGCACCAGGCACCAGCCAACAAGGAGGAGUCGGACGAGCUGAAGAAGAGAGCGGCCGUCCUGGAGUGUCAGCUGCGGAAGAGCGAGGCGGCCAAAAAGGGUUUCGAGAUGUCAACGGGAAAACUGCUGAGCUUUGUGGAGAAUGUUCAGGAGUUCCUACUCGAAAGUCACGGCCCCCCAAAGAGCUACAGCUCCGGAGACGUCAAAGUCGGGGCGUCGUCUCAAGGUCUCGCUGCCCGCUACAAGAAAAGCCCGUGGACGGCGGCCACACUCGCCCAGGAGGCGCAGGAGCUCACUCGGACUGUCAGAGCCAUCCUGGAUGUCGACUGCCUUCCCUACGGCUGGGAGGAAGCUUACACUGCAGACGGAGUGAAAUACUACAUCAAUCACGUGACCCAGACGACAUCAUGGAGCCCUCCCGGGUCGAGCGGCGGCUCCCCGGAGCUGACGCCUCCACCUCAGGAGACUUCAGAGGUGGGGGAAGGGUGUGAUGGAGAGGCGGUGAAGCAGAGACAGAACCCGACCGCAGAGAUGAAGAUGUAGGAGCGGAU